UGAGAAAGACGAAGCUAAUAGUCGAGGGAGUUGCGUUACAACUUUACAUGAUUUCAAAUUGUUGCUUCGAGACUGGUUAAUUACUUUAAAUUAUAAUUUUUAAUCCUGUCCAUUGAGAAAAUAUUUCUUGGGAAUUAUUUUGACUUUAAAGUUGUGUUUUUUACGAUGGGUAAAAAUCCACUGAAAUGGAAGCUGCGUACCCUGGGAUAUUUAUUCCUCGGAAUUUUUGUAUUCUACAUGAUUUUUCUAUUUAAAAAAAAUCAUCAUUUUGUCUCUGAGUUCACGAUUAAAAACACGAGGGCCAAGAGUGUCUGGGAGUUCGUGGCCGAUUUCAGCAAUAUGUUGAAGUUAAAUCCAACUAUUGAAGAAUUUGAUAUUAUAAAUGAAAGUGGAAAUUACGACCACUGGAAAUAUUCAGUCAAGUACAAAGAGCAUCUACAUCACAUACCAGCAGUAAAAAACAUCGCACAUGGACACUUCUCUAUCAGACAGGAUGGCCAUUCCUACAAGAUCACGUCGAAUCAUCAGACGUGUUUCUUCGAAGGUUUUAAUUGUGUGAACUCGAUAUCAGAAUUCACAUUUUUGCAGUCAGAAGACGAUACAAAAUGUGUGGAGACUAUCCAGUACGAAUGCCCAUUGGCAUUUUCACAAUUUUGCUACAGAGAAGUCGCUUAUCAGAGGAAUGAAAUCAUGACGAGAUUAACACGACAUUUUUCUCUCGUGAAUAUUCAUACAGAGGAGAACAAAUGAGUCAUGGAGAUCAUUUUAAA